GCGCCUGUUUUGUUGUUCAUUCUCAGCCUGUUGUCAAGAACGCGAACGCUUGUUGCUAGGUAAAGGACCCCUGUUUGCGUGUUGUCCACGGAUGUGCCAGUUUUUUACUUUUGUUUAAGAAUUUAAACUAAUGAUUAACAUAACCGUGUGUUGAUAAAAAACGCCAGUAUAAGUCCACAUAUACAAAUAAUGCAUAUAUCUGUGCGGUAAAUCAAACUAAUCUAAGUCUUUUGUUACUUUUGUGAAACGGCAGUUGGACUUCCUGUCAACCGUUCGUCAUUUUUGUAGUCACCAUGUCCAAAAAGUAGCGAGAUGUGCCGCUUUAAGUUAAUAUUAGAAACUACAACAGGCUGCUACUAGCUAGUGUGUGACUUUUUAAGCGUUGAAUAGAAGUUUUCACGUAUCCUGUGUUUGUAAGUAAUGAAACAGCAGUCCGUCCACUGCCCAAACACAGAACCUACCGAUGUUGGGUUUGUGUCAGUUGUAACGUUAUAGCGUCCUGCCGUUAACCGUCGACAUGAACUCCUAUCACGUUAUGGAGCUGGUUGGAGAGGGCUCGUUUGGGCGAGUUUAUAAGGGACGGAAAAGAUACACCGGCCAGGUGGUGGCUCUGAAGUUCAUGCCAAAGGUGGGUCGCUCUGAAAAGGAGCUGCGGAGUCUCAAAAGGGAGAUUGAGAUCAUGAGGGGGCUUCAACAUCCAAAUAUUGUCCAGCUCUUUGACAGCUUUGAGACUGAAACUGAGGUUGUGGUUGUUACUGAGUAUGCAGAGGGUCAGUUGUUCCAGAUUCUUGAGGAUGAUGGGAACUUACCAGAGAGCCAGGUUCGUGAAAUUGCCUGCCAGCUGGUCUCAGCUCUGUAUUAUUUACACUCCCACCGCAUUCUUCAUCGUGACAUGAAACCACAGAAUAUUCUGUUGGGGAAAACUGGGGUGGUGAAACUAUGUGACUUUGGGUUUGCGAGGGCCAUGAGCGUCUCCACCUUGGUGCUGACUUCUAUCAAGGGAACGCCACUGUACAUGUCUCCUGAGCUGGUGGAGGAGAAGCCGUAUGACCACACUGCUGAUCUCUGGUCGCUGGGCUGCAUCCUUUAUGAGCUCCACACGGGGGCGCCUCCAUUCUACACCAACUCCAUCUUCCACCUGGUGCAGCUUAUAGUGAGAGACCCGGUGAAAUGGCCAGACACUAUGAGCGACACCUGCACGAGUUUCCUGAAAGGUUUGCUGACCAAAGACCCUCAGAAGCGGUUAUCGUGGCCAGACCUGCUGCACCAUCCCUUUGUUGCUGAUGGUGUUUUAGUGCUGUCAGAUACGGGUGUUUUCAGCCCUCUGACAGUCACACCCAGCCCAGACGUGAUGGCGCUGAAACUUCAGCAAGUGGCGGCAAAGACAGCCGUGACUCCUGGUGGGAGCAGAUUACUGCGAAAGGCCAGAGAACAGAUGGACAACAGUAACAGAGGGAAACCAGCAGGCAGCGACGGUGCGAAAAAAAAGAAGGAUGGAGUUGGGAAUGAAAGGGCCAAACCUGCACUGGCAGCAGCGUCCUCCAGAGCAAAGCCUCCGUCCACUGACGUCUCUGUUACCUCAGUCCACUCAGUCCUCACAGCUGCUCAGCAAAGCCUCAACCCAAAGAACCAAGCCUGUGUGAGAUCAAAAAGCAGGGGUCAGAUCAGCAGGGACUAUGAACAGGAAUUCCCCUCUGUAGAGGUCGGGCCGCGACUCGUGCAGAGAUGCAUUGUGGACAGUCAGAACACACCGCGCAGGCAGGGUGACAGUGAAGACUACUGGAAGAAACUGGCCAAAGACUCAGAUCCAAGCAGCCAGCAGAGAGAACUAUUAAACUACAGCGUUGUUAUACUUCAACUUAAAGCCAAGAUCCUGGCAUUUAAAGCUCAGCUGACAGGUGGCGUUGUUAAAGAGGCGUGGCAGAUUCAGCUACCACUGAAGGUCUUAUGCAACCUGAUUCUGACCUCUGACCUUGAAAAGUCGUACCACAUUGGUCAUGAACUUGAACUACCCAUUGUCCUCUUCGAGCUCAUCCAUGAUGCUUUAAAAAACUCAAAUUUCCUUAAGCAACCAUGGAGCAUGCAAGCACUUGGAGAAAUGAUUGUUGUGCUCAUCCUCUACUUGGAAAAGGACUGUGACUGGCUGGAAGAAGAGCACAGACUCGAAGAGUUCACCAAGCCUUUCAUGACAAUACUCAGUCAACCAAACCUCACUCCUUUGGCACCUCUGGCGGCUUCUGUUUUGUCUUUGUUAACACAACAUGAUGCCGAUGUCAAAUUUGAGAUGGAAAAACUAAACUCGAUGCUGAAAAACCUGAUUUCGGACUCUGAGCACCAACUGUCUCUUCCCUCUGGCUGGGGACUCUGUGAUGGCCUCCUGUCUUUGCUGCUUCACACACUCACUGAGAAUGAAAAUGAUGCUGGACCUUCAUGUUUAGAUACAGGAAUGUUUCUGGAUCUUUGGAAAAAAAUUGGCACUUCUCUAGCAGGGACAGGAGCGGACACAGACUUCUGUUCAGCAAAUGGGCUGCAUUCCUUUCUGUCUACUGCACUGUUUGUCUUCACCAAGGAUCCGUACUCGUGCAUUCCUCUGUUUUCUGACCACGAAUCAAAAUGUGUAUACACCCUUGGCCGGCUGCUUGGCACUGACUGUCUCCAUUUGUUUGCUGAAGGCAGUCCUGGGAGACUUGAUGUGGAUGUGAGUCACAACAGCCUGUCCGUGCUGAGCUGCCACUUGUUGUGCUUCCCCUUCGCCCUGGACCUGCCCUCACACACCAUGGCUACAAUCUUACAGCUGUAUGACAGCUGUGAUAUUGUUGCGAGCCUCCUGCAGGUAAUUCAAACUCUUCCUCCUCCGCUAUUAGAGCUGCCUCUCUCCCUGCUGAGCCGUUUGCUCCUGUGUGACCCCGAGCGCUCCGUUUCCUGCCUCGGAAAAGCAGCUUGUGGUUUUUUUGCGCCACUCAGGGACGGCCAGCUCGCUGCCUCUAAUAACCAGACUGUGCUUAGCAGAACUCCCAGCUCUCUGCUCUCUGUUUUGCUGCAGCAGGAUGUGCUGUGGGAUUCUGCCGUGGAGCUCUUAACUCUGUUGUCUCAAGUAGCCCGUUGUUGCACUCAGCCCACCGGCCUUCAGCUUCACCUGGAGGCCACAGUGCUGCACCACGCGCUGGCUCACUCUUUUGACCAGAUCAGGGCUGCCACAUGCAGACUUUUAGGAAAUUUGAAUCCAUUCUGGCCUCCUUCAAUGCACACCCUGCAACCUGACAUUUUCAAAAGCAUGAUAGAGUGUCUUCAUGAUUCCUGCGUGCCUGUCCGUCGGAUGGCGUGCAGGGCCGUGGGGAACUGGUUGGGACACAUUGCAGCCGGGUGUAAAAUGGGUAGGUCUAAUGGAAAGGGUACUGUAGUGUGGGGCAAAGGGCAGGAGCAAAAUAAACAAAAAUAUUCCCACAAUGAGGCAGCGGGACAUUUGGCUACUAUUGUAGAACAGAAAGUGUACGAUGAGGAGGAAAGCAGGUGGACGGAGGAAGCCAGGAGGACGGCGGUGGUGCUGGCGUCUCUGAUCAACGACCCUGAUGCCCUGACACGGCGGCACUGUUGUGCAGCCCUGGGAAACCUGGUCAAUGUGGAUGGUGCUGUAUCCUUGUUGCUGGAGGAAGAUAUGUCCAGCUUACUGCUGAGAGCCGCAUGCAUGGACUCCCAUAAUGCAGUGAGACAAGCUGCAAUAGCAACCCUGAGCCUGUACAGCGAGCAGGACGCAAUACGUCAGGUCCUGAGAUCUCUCGAUGCCAGCAAGAAACUUCUCCAGGCCUCACAACGCGCACCUCCACAGUGUGACUAUCAUCAGCUCAUCGGACAGCUGUAAGUGCAGUUCACUGGGAAUGAAAGCAGAUUUAAAAACCAUAUGCAAAUAAUUCAGUCUGUCCACUGCAGAGAGUAAUGAUAUCCCAUUUCAUAUUUUUCCAAAGGGUGUUAUUGCUUUUUUUAAGUUUUAGUUAAGAUUGUUUUGAAAUAAACUUUUUUUUUAGUGAAGAUCUUUGUUGGUGCAGCAGAAUCUGUGGAAUGUUUGUGUUGAAAU